ACCCCGGGACACUGCCCUCUUCCUGACGUAGUAGCGCUGCCAGUGGUUGGCGCGCAGGGUACGGAAUGGCGGCGGCGCUGGAGCUGUUACUGCAGGAGAGGGUCACAGCGGACGAGGUGCUGCGCUGGGUGACCCAUGCUACGCAGGAGAGUCCCGUCAGUCCCAGUCUUGCCUCGCUUUACUCGCUUCGAAAAGAUUUUGCUCCCUUUCUGCUCAACUUUCUACGAGAGCAGACCAGUCAGAUUUUGAGCAAUGGACCUUCUACUCCAGCAAAAACACCAAAUGCUGCUCCUAAAACCAUUUAUACUGGUACCCAAAGAACGAUACCUGAUAAAAGAUCCAGCAACUUGUCUGGACAGCGGGGCAGUCGAGCACAGCUUUUUCCUCCAACCUCCACAUGCUCUAAUGCUUCGGAUGUUUCCGUUCUGUCUUCCAACUCCACGUCCAGCAACUCCUCUUUUUUGAGCAGGUCAAACUUGACAAACUGUUCGAGUAGAACAUUUUUUAAGAAUAGUCCAAAUUCCAGCUCCAGUCCUUACCACGGGGAAAAGCGGUCAGCACAGAAAUCAAAUCUCGGGAACUUUAUUGUGUUCACUCCAGAAACACAGGCGCCUAGACGAGGCCGGAAAAAGAGCCAUUCCAGUCGCAACGUUUCCAAAGAUCUGAGUUUAAGAUCCAUUGAAGAUGAGUUGCAAGGAGAAAACACUUCAUGGAGUGCAAACAGGAGAAAGCAAGUUAUAAAUAUUACCAGCUCUCCUGUUACUCAAGAGAUACAUCUUAACAACUUGGAGGAAUUUCCUCCUAUGGGUGCAACCUGUGAAUCCUCGAGCAAAUCAAAACCUAGCAGAAGGAUCAACCCUACUCCAAUCAAUGAUGUACAUUCCAAGUCCGGGCUGUGCUUCACCUCCACUCCGAUUGGCCCAUCUAGCCUUGGCCGCAAUCGCACAGCGAUAGAUGUGUUUACCAGCGUUCAAGAAGGAGCUCGCACACCUUAUACAGGGAGCCUGCACGAGGAGAGGGAGAUAUUGCGCAAAGAAAUAACCAAGUUGCAGCAGCAUGCCUCCUCUCCGGUAGUAUUGGAUCCCAUCACCCCCAGCAAGCAGAGUUACAGCCGGAACACCGGUGUUUCUUCAGAUAUGAUGGCCGUGGCUGACCCUGACAAAGUUUCUGGUAGGAAACAACUGGGGGUCCUUGCUGAGCUCUAUUCAGCCUUCAUCACAGAAAAUCUUGUGCCAAAUAUUUUUCUGGAGCUCUUCUUUGUCCUGCAACUGCUCACAUCCAGGGCACCGGCGAGCACUGAGGAUCGGGACUGCGACCUGGAGAACAGCAUUUUAGUAAAAGAUGCUGUGGAGCGGCAACACUUUCAAAGUAUUCACAACUGUGUCUUUUUUGCGGUUUCAGUCCUCGACUUCCAGUUUACUGUUCUCUCUCUUUUGGAUAAAAGCACCUUGAAGCUCCUUGCAGAAAAUGAACGAAUUGGUGCGUUUUCUCCCUCUUUGCAGGAGAGACUCCUAGAAGCACACCGGAGCAGCACAGGGAAGGUAUCUCUUAUGCUUCCAUCAAUCCUCCACUCAGUGUCUUUCCAGCCAGAGACUGAUAAUCGCUCCAACUUUCCAAGUGAUCGGUCUUUCCAUAUCUUCAAAAAGCAGAGAGAUAUUUUCUAUGAGCUGCUACGUGAGUUUGAAGAUUGCCAUGAAAAGGCAGACUGGGAUUUUGAGCGUUGCCUGGGCAAUAAGAUCAGGGCUAUGAUGUUCAACCUGUCUGUAGCCUGUAACCACAGUCAUUUUGCUAGACUGUUUCAGAAGCAGCUUGUCCAGAUGUGUAAGGGAACAAGUGGCGGUAUGGGAGGUGCUGGUGACAAUCCAGACCAGAAUGUGCUCAAUAUGAUUGGAUCGGACAACCUUAACAGACUGAAACGAUUGCAAGAGAGAUUUGUGACCCCUCCAAGUGUUGGUGGCCCCUGUCCUCCUCCUUCCUUUCCUGGGUUCCAGGAAUUCUUCCGAGAUUUCAUACUCAGUGCAGGAAGCUACCAGUUUAAUCAUCACCUAAUGGACAGUCUGUGCCAGGAAAUACAAGAGCUAGAUGCUAUUUCCAUUGUGGAACAUGAGACAACAGAUCGGGAAUCCUAUAUGGAUGAGCAGGAUGAAAAAAUCCGCUUUGCGUCAAUUCUGUUGACUGUCAGGCUCCUGGCAAAGUUUUUGGGGUUUGUGACGUUCUUGCCAUACAGAACUACAGAAUCUCUCAGUAGUGAGUUACAGGAAUCUGCAGUUGCCUUACGGAAUCAGACUCUCCCCUCAUUAGACGUGUUGCUGUUGCUCAGACGAUCCAUACAAGACCAUCGCACAAUUCUAACUGUACCAUGGGCUGUAGAGUAUCUAUCGUUGGUGGAUUGUGUUGCCCCCUAUCUCGAUUAUUACAGAAAGGUUUUCUGCCUUUUACUGUACCUCUACAGGUAUAAGCUGGUGCUGACUGAGGAAAAAGAGAUGGGUUUCUUAAACAAGCUGUUGCUGCUUAGCGUUCUGGGCUGGCUUUUCCAGGUUCCGACAGUCCCAGAAGAUAUGUUUUUCAACAACGAAGCUGCUCUGGAUGAGCUUUCGUCCAGCGCAAUGGUAGCAACACAGGCACUAGAUUGUGUGCCUUUGGUGGAUCAGCAACUUCUAUACAGCUGUUGUCCUUACGUUGGAGAACUGCGGAAGUUGCUUAUUUCCUUUGUGGCUGGUUGUGGGGCAAAGAACGGAGGUUUUAUAAGAAAAAUCACUCCCACUGCUGCAGAGCCCCUGAUGCCAAAACCCACGUUAUCGCAGAAGAAGCUUCAGGCUGAGCUGGAACAAGCGUUCUUCCAUAACCAGCCCCCAUCCCUGCGCAGAACCGUGGAAUUUGUCGCUGAACGGAUUGGAUCCAACUGUGUCAAGCACAUAAAGGCAACACUUGUUGCAGAUCUUGUGAAAAGAGCAGAGGUCGUUCUGCAGGAUAAAGUGACAGAGGACAGCGCUGGUCACAGCAAGCUUCUGGACAGUGUAUGUGUCACGCUCUGUGAGGAUGGACGACAGGCGCUUCAGAAAGCACAAGAAUACUGCAAGAAGAAGGCGCCGGAGGCUGUGAGAGUACUGUUACCCGAGGAGAUAUCUGCAUGUGUCCUGAGUAGCGCUGAAGAUAUUGCAGUGUCCCUGGCAACAGAGAAGGCCAGCACGUGGUUAAACACCAACAUUUCAGCAUUAAUCAGGAGAGAAGUGACGUCGACUUUCACUCGUAUGGUGAAGUCACAGGCCGUCAUGUCAUCGGUGAACUGCGAGGAGGUGAAGAAAGGGUGUAGGGACGGUUGUGAGCACAAAGUGACGCUCCCCUCCAGGCUUAUUACAGAAAUAAAGGACAUCCUGUCUAUUGCAGUAGGGCCACGUGAGGAAGAGGAGGGAGUGGGGAUUAUGCAACUCAAAAGUUUUCUAGAGCGUCUCUCUGAAACCCUAAAUUGCAGGAAGUAUAUCACUCCUUCGGCAGAACAUCACCUUGCAAAGUGUACGGUGGAGCUUGCUUCUCUUUUGGUGUCUGAUCAUGUACCAUUGCUGGAUGGGGCUAGUGCAGAGGCAGACACUGUACAUGAGGAACAGAUCAGGAAGCCGGAGGAAGUAAGACGCUUCCUGACAGCGCUGCUUGCAGUUUGGGAGAAAGACUUCAGGGUACCCGUCCCUGUACAGUUAAUGUUUAGUCACAAGAAUAUCGCUUAUAUUAUGAAUGUUCGGGCACAUGAGUGGGACCUUUUCAUGUUCAUGCUACGACGACUGGUGGAAAUAGGUCUUACACGGCAGGAGGACAUUGAGGAACACAUGUGCCGUUUCCAAGAGUAUAAGUGGACAUCGAACUUGUUGGUGGAAAUGGAUGGAUCAGGACUUAGAUCUGAAAACCUCAGAGAACCUGGCGACCUAAAGGAUGCUUCUUGUAAUCUUGUUCUGCAAACAGUGACUGGAAUCAUAGCUCCAAGCUAGUACCUUGAACACAAUACGUGAUUUUGCGUAUCAUUUGCUGCUAACUGUGCUGCGCUUUACACCUGUGGGCAUACAGCUGUUUCAUGAGGAUGCAAAUCUUAUCAUGAAACAAACCUUCAUUAUACACUGCUAAAUCACAGGUUACAUGGAGCCACAAGCAUAGGACUAUAGUCUGAGAGCUUCUGUUUACCGUAUGUAUUAAUAUUUUCUUAUUGUUCCUUUUUUUUGUUUGGAGCAUCAUGGGUAUUUUUGUAUUUUGUAUAUAAAUGAACAAAAUGUAAGUAAAGUUAAAUAACCAAAAGCGGAGACAGCCAUUAUGUGUGCUGAACCAAUGGGAAUGCAGUUUAUCAAUCCGUGCUUUAGCAUCUACUGAAUUGAUGGGUUGAAUAAUUUGCCCCACAAAAUGGCUGCCUCCACUUUUUCUUUUUUUUUUAAAAAGAACUUUGCAGGAAACGGUGCUUUCAUUUUAUUAAAACAUUUUUUAAUAUUAAA